AUGCUCGAACAAAUCAUUGGACCGCUGCAAGCGAGCUUCACGAGAAGCCUCUGCCUUUUGGCUGUCGUCUGGCUAAGUUGGAUUGUCGUCACGACGCUGGUCGCAUAUAAUACACUGAAGCAUAUUCCUGGGCCACCGUUGGCAGCUUUCACCAAUUGGUGGUGGAUCAAAGCUGCAAUCUCUGGGAAAGGGCAUCUUGCCCUGAAAUAUGCUUGUGAUCGUUAUGGAUCGAUUGCCAGAAUUAGCCCUCGUAUGGUCGUGACUUCGGACCUAGAAUUGUACCGCAAAGCAAAUGCUCACAGGAUCAAUGACUACUCUCGUGGACCAUGGUACAAAGCAUUCAAAAUGGACGCCGAGCGAGAAAACCUUUUCACCGAGCUGAAUGACGAGAAGCACUCUUUGAUGCGUGCAAAACUGUCUCCUGGGUAUUCAGGCAAGGACAACCCUCAAUGUGAGCCAAGUAUCAACCAAGUGGUCAUGGACGUUGUGCAUUUGAUCCAACGGAAAUACCUUUCUGUGAAAUCUAACGUCAAGCCGCUGGACUGGGCCGAGCUAGCACAAUACUUCACCCUGGAUGUGAUUACAUGUUUGUCGCUUGGUGAAGCAUUCGGAUUCGUCUCCGAUGACACUGACAAGUAUGCCUACGUGAAGUCGAUGGAAGACAACUUUCCGAUAAUGAAUAUCUUUUCGGCGGUACCGCUGCUAUCAUCCAUCGCAAGGAUCCCAACCGUACAGGCCAAUCUUAUUCCUUCGCCGAAAGAGAAGACUGGGCUAGGAAAGGUUAAAGCAGUUGCGCGGCAGAUCAUUGCAAGUCGUUUCUCUGGUGAGAAGGCAGAACGGUAUGACAUGGUAACUUCUUUCAAAAACCAUGGUUUGUCACAACUCGAGAUCUCGGACGAGUCGCUGUUCCAACUCCUGGCCGGUUCUGACACAACAGCAACCAUCGUCCGCACUGGUUUCCUCUCAAUCCUAGCACAUCCGCACAUAUACCGAAAACUCCAAGCUGAAGCGGUGGCAGCAGAUGUACCAUUGGAAACAAUCAUCUCCCACGCUCAAGCCCUAAGAUUGCCUUACCUUCAAGCUUGCAUCAAAGAGGCUUUACGCCAUCACCCCGCCGCAGCCGGCUUACUCCCUCGCGUUGUUGGCUCACAAGGUGACACACACGACGGCGUCUACCUUCCUCCCGGAACCGAAGUCGCUUUCUGCGCAUGGAACAUGCACCGUCAUAAUACUGAGGUAUACGGUGCAGAUGCAGAAAUCUUCCGACCUGAGCGCUGGCUGGAAGCUUCUCCCGAGCGACUGGCCGUCAUGGAAGAGGCACACCAUCUUGUCUUCGGCAAUGGCAGAUUCCGAUGCAUGGGUGAAAACAUUGCGAGGUUAGAGUUAAACAAGAUCUUCUUCGAGAUGAUCAGAAGGUUCGAUUGGAGCUUGAUUGAUGUUGUGAACCCAAUUAAGAAGAACACGAAUUAUGGAUUGUUCGUGCAGAAGGGCAUGUUUGUCAGGGUGAGCGAACUGGAGCAUUGA